GUAGGGGCCAAUUCGCUGAGCCCCGCUGUGCCUUGGAGGUCUGGGGGGCCUUGCAAGAUGAAAAGGGUCCGCACGGUCUUCAAACCAGAGCAGCUGGAGAGGCUGGAGCAAGAGUUCCUCAAGCAGCAGUACAUGGUGGGCACGGAGCGAGUAGACCUGGCUGCAACUCUGCAUCUCACAGAGACUCAGGUGAAAGUCUGGUUCCAGAACCGGAGGAUCAAAUGGAGGAAGCAGAGCAUGGAGCAGAAGGCGGCAAAGCUGUCACAGUUUGGGGUGAUACAGCCCACCACCGCGGACUCGACGGACAUCAAGGACCACGAGGAUGACACCGUGGACGUUGAGCUUUGAACAGCUGAUGAGAUUUAGCUGCCACUGUUGUUUUCUCAGCCGUGUCUGCUUGAUGGAGGUACUGAGGGUGCAGGCACGUCUGAGCUCCUUUGGUCCAAGUGAGACAUGAUGCGCUUGAUCUGAGAGCUGGAGCUACAGGACUAAAGUGCAGCUGGCUGGGAAGAACCCCCCGAAUAUCGUUUGGCUGCUGUUUGGUAGCCAUGUGCUGUAAUUCCUGGGGCUUCAUCACCCGGCCAGUUGUACUUGAUGGUGCCAUAGCUGCGGCAAGGCAUGUGAGCUCCUGUUUGCUCUUGAAGUACCAGGACACACAAAACAGUUUCCAGCGGAGAGGCUGGGGUGACAAUCGGGCAGUGUCUCUGACGGCUGUGAGCACAAGGGCAUUUGAACACGGGGGUCACUUGCAUUGCGCGUUUCUGUGUGCUCCUAGGAAGGAGACAUGUACUGGUCAACUUGACUCCCAUGUUUGAUGCUUAGAUAACAACAACAACAACAAAAACCAAAAGGAAAUUGGAAAGCCCUUUGCUCCCACCCGCAGACUGUCAUUACUCUUGCAAUAAGUUGAACAGGGUCUGAUCCUGCCCCUGGAACAAAAGUGCCUCCUCUUUGUUCUGUGCCUUAGUGUAUUUGUGCCUUAGUUGUGGCUUCCCAAACCCAGAGGGCAGAACCCAGUGGGUCUCUCUGUCUUUUGGCAUUGCCUUAAUUUUGCCAAGGUGUGCGUAUCCUGCUGCAGCAGGGAAUAAGGCACUCAGCUUGGCCGUGGGGAUGGGGGCUGUUAUAACAAAAGCAGCUUUCCAACACCUCUGGUGCAUCAGACGACCCCCUGCCCCUCGUCCAGAUGUGCCGAUUCUGGCCCAGACAGCAGCUGCUCUGUUCUCUCCUCAUUAUACAUCCAAGUGCCACGGGAAACGGCACCUGGAGUGUUGGGCGAGCACAUCUGUAACCACCCGAUGCAGCGAGCGGUUGUGUUUCUGGUGGGUGGGAGGGCUGCGAGGGGUCAGGGCCAAGCACUCGACCCUCCCUGCCUGUGUGUUAGCAGCUACGUGCUCUUAGGCCAGGCUGUCAGCGCUCAGGCUGUCACCUCGCCUUCCCAGGUCUGCCCAGGGUACCAGGCACCACGUCCCGUCAGCUCAGGAUAAUUUAUUGUGUCUCCUCCUGACCCAGAACACUGUAUAUCACUUUACUCUUAUUUAUAGAAAUAAUUUUUUUUUUCCUUAA